GGAGGGAAUAACGCGUACCAUGGCCGCCUCGAAACGCAAAAUAAUCAUUGAUUGUGACGCCGGAAUCGACGAUGCUCAAGCUAUAAUGAUCGCGUUAACUCAGGAAGUGGAUAUUUUGGGCAUCACUUGCACCUUUGGAAAUGUAGAUGUUGAUCAGGUGUGCAAAAAUGUCCUCAAAACACUGGAAGCUUGUGGUCGUACUGACAUACCGGUCUACAAGGGUGCACAUCGCCCCAUACUAGGUAAGCUAAUGCCCUACUAAGCAGCAUAGCUUUUCUACGAAAAAUGAUUUUAAAACCUUAGACUUUAAGGCUGAAAGUUGGAAAAUAAGUGGGUUACCCGUCCAGGGGUGUCCACCGGUAGGUGUCAAGAUGUGGGGGGAAGUGGUGGAGGUGACUGGAGCCCACGCAGAUGAACUCCUUGAGGCCUUUCAAGAGGGGAGAGGGUUAUGCUGUCGCUUUGUUGGUAAUUUCUGAGACUGCCUGUCACCUGGUAAGUCAGGAAAAGAUGUCGCUGUCGCUUUUUAGCUCGAACGAAAGUGUCCUUGUUAGUUCAGCAUAAAUUUUUGUGAUACUCAAUUUUGAAUUUACAGAAGAUCAAUUGUUGCUAUGAUAAUCUUAACCCCUGAGGGACCGUUCUUGAAAAGUACCAUGAUUAGAAAACAUUCCAAAGAAAAUAGUAGAAAAUGCAAGUAAUCAGUGAAGAGGGUUUUUUGACUCUCUUUGUUGACAGCCAAAAUGUUAAAGUGAACAGAUGUCACUUCACUGCUUAAAAAAUGGGUUGUCACUGUCACAGUUCUUUCUUCCUUUUCUGUCGAUAGUCAGUGCUUUCUGAGAGGAUUGUCACCAGUUUUUGGGACCAUGUCGCCUGUCGCUUCUACCCCCUGGAGGGCCUCCUUGAGGGUCCCAGGCCACCAAAGAGUUAGCAACAAACCCCAGGCAUUUGUACCUGAAGCCUAAAUUUCGGGUGGAGCCUCCCUGUGUAGGCUGUUAUAGGGAGUACCCGCCCCCUGGGUGAUAGGCAUACUCUUCUGCUCUUUUCAGUUACAAUGGAAUCUGGAUAUUUUGUCCUCCUGGUGGAUUAUCAGUAGGUUCCAAAAAUGACUGGUAAAAUAAGAUUGCUUUGUUUGACUUAAAAAGAGAAGUCAGUUUUUGUGUGAAUUAUAUUGUAUUGGGAGGUUUGAGAAACUGAGGCCUCAAGAAAUUUGGGAUUCCAUUGUAUUUAAUUUAUUGAAAAGGAAAGUGUCAGUCUUAAAAACUUUUCUAUUUAUGGUUCUCAUUGAUUUAUUACACAGGAACCAGUUUUGACAAACCAGAAUAUCAUGGCAAAGAUGGGUUAGGAGAUAUGCCUGAUCUUAAGGACCCAGAUAUGAAUCUCCUGAAGGAGACACAUGCAGUUCAAGCUUUAAUUCAACUUGUAAAUCAAAACCCUGGCGAGGUAGUGCUCAUUGCUCUUGGUCCUUUGUCCAACAUCGCUUUAGCCUCUAAUAUGGAAGCUGGAUUCUUUACAAAAGUCAAGGAGAUCUAUUUGAUGGGAGGGUGUGUUCAUGGCAAAGGAAAUCACUGGGUGUCAGCAGAGUUUAACUUUGGUGCUGAUCCAGAAGCUGCAUAUAUUGUGCUUAACGAGAAGAAUAACUGCCCGGUUUCCCUGAUGUCUUGGGAAGCAUGUUUGGAUCAUGUAUUGGAAUGGGAGUUCUAUGAUCGUUAUGUAGGGACAGGUACCAAAAAAGCUGAGUUCAUGAAAAAGAUUUCAUCAAAAAUUAGAGAAUAUGAAGGCGAUGGUCCUUUUAUUACAUGUGAUCCCUUUCCAAUUUGUGCAGCAGUUCAGCCCCAAAUUGUCCUGAAAGAAAAGCUUGUCUAUGCAACAGUAGAGCUCAAGGGAGGUUUCACACGUGGACAAAUGGUUGUUGAUUGGUAUGGUGUACUGAAAAAAGAUAGCAAUGUCCGAUUGCUUGAGAAAUUAGAUUUAGAGCUUUUUAUGGCAAUGAUGCUUCAUUCUGUUAAAUAGGAUAUUGCUCAAGAACUCAGUACUGUUGUAAGCUGUCAUAGCACUAACGGGUUUAGAGACCAUAUUUUAGUCUAAAAUCAGAUUUUCAAUUAAAAUUUGACAGGUGAAAAUUACAUUGCUUUAAAUAAUGACCAGUAUUACCUUCUUAAACUCUUAUUCAAUUUCCAGGAAUAGCUCUUAAGAUUAAGAAACAUGCCUGAAAUAUACAUUGCUUUUCUGAUGUUUUUGUUGCCAUAAUGCUGUUGGUUGCUUAAGCUCCCCAAAUUUGCUGCUUAUAGAAUUGCAUUUUCCCUUUUCACUGACUGAGUAGCCAACGUGAUAUUCAUAAAAAAUCUUUGUAAAAUUUUAAGAAGUAUUUAGUACCAUGAAAAACAUCCACCAAGGAGGUGUCACUUGAAUAGUAACAUGACAGGAGCUCAUCCACAAAACAUUCUUAUUAAUUCUUAAAGGGGCUAUGUUAUGCUAUAAUUUACUAUCUUUUCAAAAAGCUAAAAUAUGUCUUCACAUCAACUGAAUUCCAAAAAUAAUGGUCUAGUUUUGUUAUUUAAGACUGUAUUUAGGCCACGGAAACUGUCUCCCGUUUUCUGUUGCUAUGGAUGGUACAGAUGGACUUGGAUUGAAAGUGUAAAAAUGUAUGGCUAUUUUCAGAAACA